UAUGUUGUUAUUGACGACGCAAAAGUACUACGAUAUAAGAAAAUAGCAAUGCAAUUUACAAAGAUCCUGUGCACCCGUAUUGAUUUUUUUUUUUUUUUUUUUACUAGAGAAUUUCACCCAAGUUCAGUCGGUGUAAUAUAAACCUUUAGAUAUUCCGAGAGCACAGUGAUCCUCUCCUGCACUAUUUGACAGCAGAAAGCGAUCUCUAUAUGGGACAUUAUCAUGCACUGUGAGGAUGAGAGAAUGAGAGGAGCUUGCACAAUCCCACGUUUAAAUGCAUGACUUACAUUUCACGAUGUAGUUAGUUGCUUUCAUAACUGUUAACUAUUAGGCUUGAUUUCUGGAGCUCUUUCAGCAGAAGCAGCCGAAUUCUUCCCAUCAAUAAUUAAUACGUUUGUAAAGCAGCGGGAAAGGGGGAGAGAGAGCAGCUAGAGAUCCACUUUUUGAAGAGUAAUCAUCUGCGAAUCAUGUCACAAUCUGACAGAUCUCCAAGAAGAGCUGAUGAGGAGGACAAAGGAGGAUGAAGAAGGAAGGGGAAACGGGAGAGGUUGAGGAGGAAUAUAAUGAAGUUGAGUGGGAAAGGACUGUUUGCCAUCGUAUCCAGCUCCCUCCUCUUCGCCUGUGCCGUGAGCACCAUUGCAGUCGGAAUCAAAUGCUUCUUGCUGGGGACAGAAGUGAAAGGGGAUUUUCACCUGGGGACCGCGGCCGGGGCGUUUUAUUCCGGACUGCUUAUCUGCCUCGGGCAGGUGCUGCUCGGGGCUGCCUUGGUCUGCUGCAAAGGAAAACCGAGGAGUCAGAAUUUCUUCCUGCUGGGUGUCUUGGUGUUUAUGCUGGGAGUCCUUACUGCCUUCUCGGGAGCAGUUAUAGAUGGAGACACUGUGUCCCUGGUGGAGCGGAAGCAUUCCCAUUACUGUUUGAACUCGCCAAACCCAAUCUGUGACAAAUUAAAGGAUUACCAAAAGAGCCUGGUUAUAUCCACUAUACUUAACACCUUGGAGUGCCUACUUGGGCUUAUAAACUUGGUUAUCAUAAAGAGGUACAAAUCAGCUGAGUUCUACAGAGGGAGACACUCGUCUCAGAGGCAAAGCGUGGGGGCUAUACUUUUUAAUGAAGAGCAGGACUUUUCAAUAGGGGAAUUUCCAUUCCAGCCUGUUUCUUAUAUUAAUUUGGGAGUUUUUCACGUUUUUGACGAAGCAGGGGUAGAGGUACCAUGUGGAGGUCAUCCCUCUAUUGAGUUACCGGGCUAUUCGCCAUCAGAUCCAGAUCUAAACCAUUCAUACCCCUAUUCUUACCCACUUCCAAACGAGCUGCCACCCGCAUACGAAGAGAUUUUUCCAGGGGAAACAAGCAACAAAUAACAAAAGAGGAAUUGCAAAUUUAGUUUAAUCUGCUGUGACAAUCAAUAGCUCUCCACAACGAUUGGAACUCUUGCCUCUAAAACUGGUAAUGAUCACACAGUUAGCUUAAAGCCGUGUUAUUUUUUUUCUCUCUCAACUUAAAAUGCUUCAGUACAUAGCGUUGUUAGGCUAGCUAGAUUGAAUGGUAAACAUGUAUACUAUAUGGCUGUUGAAUGUUUUAUUAUGGAGCAAAUUGUGAGUAUACCAAACACACAGCACAAGACCAUUUCACCUCCAGCAGUGAUACAUACUUUAGAAUUAAAUAUAAUUCAUUUUAACUGCACAGGGACAUAUAUUUAAUGCAAAUGGGACAUAGCAAGUAGGGUCUGAUCACUUUAUUCUUACUUUAAUAUUAAUACUAUACGUGCACCCUAAAUAUCCCUGGAAAUCUUGUUUAUGUUGAUUAUAGCGAUUAAUAAAACAUUUAACCGUUUGCAGUGAUGGUUACUGUAUAAUAUAUAUAUAUAUAUAUAUAUAUAUAUAUAUAUAUAUAUAUAUAUACACACACACACACACACACACACACACACACACACACACACACACACACACACACACACACACACACACUUUGUGCUCACUUCAAUAUUAGACAAGACAGAUAGAAUGUAUGGUUUUAAAAUACUAGCAAAUCUAGAAGCACAAAGUGUAUUGGGAAGGACAUACUAACUUAUUUUACUUAUGACGUUUUCUCAUUUAUAAUUACUUAUGUGGACAUACUGCACAAAAUGUCUGCAAACAUUUUAAUCAGCAAUUUUACAAUAUUGGACAAAAUUAUGUAUUAUUAUAACAUAAUUGUCUUUAAAAGUGGUAUAGGAUUUCUAUGAUGUCUAUAUUUUUAAAUGUUUGGCUUAAUACAGCAUUUAUCAAACAAUUUGCAACAUUUGAUUGCGAAAAUGAUUAGCAUAACAGACUAACAAAAAGUCCUUGAACCUUAUUCAUGUUUAUUCUAAUUAAUAAGGUCCUAGAACCCUGUUAAUUUGAACACGUUUGCACCAAUACUGCUGCAGUAGUAGUGUACUGUAUUUAAUAAAAUACAGCAUGUCCCCUUGAAGGUAUUAAAACUAUAGUCUACACUAUUGAAGAUCAUUCUUGUCUGUCUUAAUUACCAGGUUAAUCUCUGAGGUAAAGGAGAGUGUUGUGUUAUCUGAAAUAUUCUGUGUGCUUUUAUAAUGUGUACAUUAAUUUUGUAAUGACGUGUAAUGAGAUACUAAAUACAUUAUAAAUUAUUGAGAAAAUAUGGUAUUUAUAUAUAAAUGCAAUUGCCCUUUUUAGUCCUGAUCUAAUGUUUGCAGAGGUAGCAAAAGUAACACAUCUGCAAACAUUAACAAAAAAACAAAAAAAACAACUGUGCCUGCCAACCCCUCUAUACUAUUGAAGGUAAGCUUCUCAAAUCCUCAGAAAUAUGUGCUUGCCUUUUUUUCAACCCUCAGCAGAAUACCAGAAAAUUAGAUGACAAUUACAUACUGUUCUGUCAAUAAGGUGGGGCCUAUGGGCAUCUAGGACAAGUUUGAAAUGUGAUUGAGAUGUUUUGCAGGCAUAAGUGGUACGAAAACAAGCCACUGGAGCACCUACUCACUAUCUAUAUAGCAUAUAGAACACACAAUAGUGUUUUAAUUUGCAUAAUAAAUAAACCAGUAAUCAGUGUUUUGUCCCCAUGUAAAUGUAUUUAAAUAAAACUACACAUUUGGACAGUGUUUUCAAUACUGUACUUAGUCUAUCAAUAUCGGUUGCACUCACACCCCAAGGAAAUAGUAUUGUUGACUGACUUGAUAAUAUCAAUUUUGUAUCAGUAAUAUAUUUGACAAAUACACAACAAUAACUAAAACUAUUGCUAAAAAAAAACAUUAUAUCCUGUUGGGUCCUGUGUUCUGUUGAGGGUUAAUUAUCAUAAAACCAAACUUUUUAUGAGUGCUUAUAGAUAUCA